CCAGUGGCCCGGGAGGAGGAGGAGGAAGAAGGAAGGGGCAGAUCUACAGAGGAAUGUGAGAGCCUCCCAAAGCCAGAGCAGCCAGAGAGACGCAGCCCUGCCUGGGUUUCUGGAACGGUGGUUUCCGAGUGGUUCUCUUCUAUUUUAGAACGUUGUUCCAGUGGAAAGUGUCGAAUUCUUGCCCUCGCAGAGCUGGUUUCUCCGGGUCACUUGACAUUUCUUCUGGGAGUGGAAGGAGGGAGAGAUUCCCCUCACUCUUGCAGGGGCUCCCAAGGGAGGAGAGGAGAACUAUGGACGUGAGCCCUCCCUUCUGACAGGCAUGUGCCGGGAAACCCGAUAGGGCAGUUUCUAGGCCAUGGACAUUACUCUGAAGAGAGUGAGGCUGGACAGCAUUUGUGGGUGCUGAGACCACACCUUAGGGGCUGAGAGACUUAGCUGUGUGACAGGCAUUGGGUUGCUAGUGCACUCUUGGAUACCCCUGUUGUGGGAAGGACCCCUCCUUCCCAUCUUUCUCUACUACUCAGCCCAGCCAUGGCACUGAAAGGCCGAGCCCUCUAUGACUUCCACAGUGAAAACAAGGAGGAAAUCAGCAUCCACCAGGAUGAGGACCUGGUCAUCUUCAGUGAGACCUCGCUGGAUGGAUGGCUGCAGGGACAGAACAGCCGUGGUGAGACGGGGCUCUUUCCUGCCUCUUAUGUGGAGAUCAUUCAUUCUGGCUUCAGCAUCAACCAUACUGACUACUCCAGCAGUCCUGCAGGCUCUCUGAGCACCCAGGUGAGCUUCUAUGACAGCCCCAGUGUGGCCAGCCCGGCCAGGAGUGGUGGGGGUAGUGGCUUCCUCUCAAACCAGGGCAGCUUCGAGGAUGAUGAUGAUGAUGACUGGGAUGACUGGGACGACGGAUGCACAGUGGUGGAGGAGCCACGGACUGGUGGAUUGGGCACCAACGGGCACCCCCCACUCAACCUCUCCUACCCUGGUGCCUACCCCAGCCAACACAUGGCCUUCCGGCCCAAACCACCCCUAGAGCGGCAAGACAGCCUGGCGUCUGCCAAGCGAGGCAGUGUGGUGGGGCGCAACCUCAACCGUUUCUCGUGCUUUGUGCGCUCUGGAGUGGAGGCCUUCAUCCUGGGUGAUGUGCCCAUGAUGGCCAAGAUCGCGGAGACAUACUCCAUUGAAAUGGGCCCUCGUGGCCCCCAGUGGAAGGCGAACCCCCACCCAUUUGCCUGCUCCGUGGAGGACCCCACCAAACAGACCAAGUUCAAGGGCAUCAAAAGCUACAUCUCCUACAAGCUUACACCCACCCAUGCUGCCUCACCUGUCUAUAGACGCUACAAACACUUUGACUGGCUCUAUAACCGCCUGCUACACAAGUUCACUGUCAUCUCAGUGCCCCACCUGCCUGAGAAGCAGGCCACCGGCCGCUUCGAGGAGGACUUCAUUGAGAAGCGAAAGCGGCGGCUCAUCCUCUGGAUGGACCACAUGACCAGCCACCCUGUGCUCUCCCAGUAUGAGGGCUUCCAGCAUUUUCUCAGCUGCCUGGAUGACAAGCAGUGGAAGAUGGGCAAACGCCGGGCAGAGAAAGACGAGAUGGUGGGUGCCAGCUUCCUGCUCACCUUCCAGAUUCCCACAGAGCACCAGGACCUACAGGAUGUGGAGGACCGUGUGGACACCUUCAAGGCCUUCAGCAAGAAGAUGGAUGACAGUGUCCUGCAGCUCAGUACCGUGGCAUCGGAGCUGGUGCGGAAGCAUGUGGGGGGCUUCCGCAAGGAAUUCCAGAAGCUGGGCAGUGCCUUUCAGGCCAUUAGUCAUGCCUUCCAGAUGGACCCCCCCUUUAGCUCCGAGGCUCUCAACAGCGCCAUUUGUCACACGGGCCGUACCUAUGAAACUGUCGGCGAGAUGUUCGCCGAGCAGCCCAAGAAUGACCUCUUCCGCAUGCUCGACACACUGUCUCUCUACCAGGGCCUGCUCUCCAACUUCCCUGACAUCAUCCACCUACAGAAAGGCGCCUUCGCCAAGGUGAAGGAGAGCCAACGCAUGAGUGACGAGGGCCGCAUGGCGCAGGAUGAGGCAGAUGGCAUUCGCAGGCGCUGCCGUGUGGUGGGCUUCGCCCUGCAGGCUGAGAUGAAUCACUUCCACCAGCGCCGUGAGCUCGACUUCAAGCACAUGAUGCAGAACUACCUGCGCCAGCAGAUCCUCUUCUACCAGCGGGUGGGCCAGCAGCUGGAGAAGACCCUGCGCAUGUAUGACAGCCUCUGACCAUGUGCACUUGGCCCCCUCCCCACCCCCGGGCCAAGUUGCCGCAGCGCACCCCUCUCCAGACUGGGUGGGGGUGGGGGAGGUAAGCAGCCUGUCCCUCUUCCUGGGAGAAGGGGCUCUCAAGGAGUCAUGGGUACCCUGGGGAAGUCCCCUGCUGCAUAGAGCUGGGGCACAGCAGGGGUGAGAAUGUAGUGGGAACCCUCCAGAUUGCUGGUCAGUCCCUUAAGGCCAGGCCAAGGUUUUAGCCUUCCCUAGAGCCUGUAGUGCUUGCUCACCCAGCCACCACCCCUUUGUCCAUUCAGCAGACACUGAGGCCUGCUGUGGCCCUCGGUCAGAUGUUGGGCACCCAGGGCUGAGACAUGCCUGCCCUUGAGAAGUCCCCAGGCAUGGUGGGGGUCAGACACAGAAAUGGACAAAGUCAAUGCAGUAUGACAGAUGAUUAAAUAAAGGGCUCCUGAAAGCUCCCGGAAGGGACCAUAGCAUUCUGCUGGCCGGGGAAGACUCCACAGAGUAGGUGGUAUUCAAGCAGUGUCUUGAAGAAUGACAAAGACCUGCCAGACAGUAAAUGCGGAGAAAGACAUUCAGGGGAGAGGAACAGCAUGGGCAGAGGUGUGGAGGCAUGAAAACAUCUUCCUUUUCUCUCCCUUGCUUUUCUUGAGAGCCAGUCUGAUGCCCCCUCUGUGGGGAUUCUGGCCAAUGUGGUAGGGCUCUUCCUCACUCCCAGGUCCUGGGCUUUCCCUGCCCCACCCCAUCCUCUGCAGGAGGGGCUGCAGGCCAGCUCCCUCCUGUGGGCCUCUGCUCCCCUCCACUGCCGAGCCCCUCUCUUCCCCUUGGUUAGAGGAUCAUGAGCCUUCUUCCUCCCUGGGCUCAAGGUGCUGAGAGAAGCCUUGGGCCCCAGAGCCUCAGUGGCACCUUCCUGAGUGGUGACUCUCAAAAGUUACCGAUAGUAGAGUUCAUCGGCCAUAGCUCCCCACACUCCAAGCAGGCCCAGACCCCAGGCUCCCAGGGUCCUUGGCCUCCAUGCUACUAUGAAUCCUUCCCUGAAUCCUUCCUGUUACACAGUGAGAACCUAAAGGGAGAAAGAUGGGAUCUUCUUGCCUACCUGUCCCAGGGAUUCCAAGCCCACCUGCCCUCAGCCGGCCUCACUGUGAUGCGAGCCCUUGUUCCUGGUCACAUUGUGCUAUCUCUGACCUAUGUUUACAUCCUUAAGGGGUUACUGCCUCCUGCCUGCCCAGGCCAGGGUGUGGUCCAACGGCAUGUUGGGGGGAGCUCACUCGUGCCACUCCCCUCCCCUCCACCCCUGGGAGGCCAUGGUCUGCUCUUGGCUGUUGCUGCUUGAAUCUUUUUUUUUUUUCUUUCUUUUUUCUUGAUAAACCUUUUACAAUUAA